AUGGCUACUUAUAUACAACGGGCUGCUGUUUCAUACUUUAGAAAUAACGCACGCCUUGCUUCUCACGCUGCUACAGCUGGUGGACAUGGAGGUGGCUGGAAGUUCUGGAGAGGCAUUUCCUUUUUCGUCGGCUUCCCUGCUGUUGCUUUGGGAAUGCUGAACGCUUACCUCGCUCAUCAAGAAGAGCACCAUGAAAGACCCCCAUUCGUCGCGUAUGAAUACAUGCGUAUUCGUUCUAAGCGUUUCCCAUGGGGUGACGGCCAAAAGUCCCUUUUCCACAACCCCCAUGUCAACCCACUGCCAUCAGGUUAUGAAGAUGAACAUUAA